CCGCCCCGCCCCGCCUCGGUGGUGGCGCAUGCGCGCUGGCAGGGGCACCUGAGGGCGAAGGGGGCUCAGUCAUGGCGGCCUCCAUCAUCUGCAGCCGGGUGUCGGCUGGGCUGAGGGGCAACGGCUUCCGCGCUGCGCUGGGCACCGCCACGGCGAAGGUACUUGUUGGAAGUCCAGGAAUAUUCAAUAAUCAUGGAUUUCAGGUGCAACAACAGCAACAGAGGAGGCUGUCGCUACAUGAAUACUUGAGCAUGGGACUGUUGCAGGAGGCUGGCAUUUCUGUUCCACACGGACUAGUUGCCAGGACGCCAGACGAAGCUUACAAAAUAGCAAAAGAAAUAGGUUCAAAGGAUCUUGUGGUAAAAGCACAGGUUUUAGCUGGUGGUAGAGGAAAAGGAACAUUUGAAGGUGGCCUCAAAGGAGGAGUGAAAAUAGUUUUUUCUCCAGAAGAAGCAAAAGAUAUCUCCUCCCAAAUGAUUGGAAAGAAGUUGUUUACCAAGCAGACAGGAGAAAAGGGCAGGAUAUGCAAUCAAGUAUUUAUCUGUGAGCGCAGAUAUCCCAGGAGAGAAUACUAUUUUGCAAUAACAAUGGAAAGGUCUUUUCAAGGUCCUGUGCUGAUAGGCAGUUCUCAGGGUGGUGUUAAUAUUGAAGAUGUUGCUGCAGAGAAUCCUGAUGCGAUAAUUAAGGAACCCAUUGAUAUAGUAGAAGGCAUAAAAAAGGAGCAAGCUGUUAGGCUUGCCCAAAAAAUGGGAUUUCCUCCUAAUCUGGUGGAUGAAGCAGCUGAAAAUAUGAUCAAGUUAUAUAAUCUCUUUCUGAAAUAUGAUGCUACCAUGAUAGAAAUAAAUCCUAUGGUGGAAGAUGCGUCAGGAGUUGUGAUGUGUAUGGAUGCAAAGAUAAACUUUGACAGUAAUUCAGCCUAUCGUCAGAAGAAGAUCUUUGAUAUGCAGGAUUGGACACAGGAAGAUCAGAGAGACAGGGAUGCUGCAAAAGCAGAUCUCAACUAUAUAGGAUUGGAUGGAAACAUAGGCUGUUUAGUCAAUGGUGCUGGUUUAGCUAUGGCCACAAUGGAUAUAAUAAAACUUCACGGCGGAACUCCAGCAAACUUCCUUGAUGUUGGUGGUGGUGCUACAGUGCAGCAAGUGACAGAAGCCUUUAAGCUUAUUACCUCUGAUAAAAAGGUACUGGCUAUUCUGGUAAAUAUUUUUGGUGGCAUUAUGCGAUGUGAUGUGAUAGCCCAAGGCAUUGUUAUGGCAGUAAAGGAUUUGGACCUAAAAAUACCUAUUGUGGUACGGUUGCAAGGUACACGAGUUGAUGAUGCCAAAGCUUUAAUAACAGCUAGUGGCCUCAAAAUCCUUGCAUGUGAUGACUUGGAUGAAGCUGCAAAAAUGGUGGUGAAACUCUCUGAAAUAGUAAGCUUAGCCAAACAAGCUCAGGUGGAUGUUAAAUUUCAGUUGCCAAUUUGAUCUGAGAAAUGUCAUGCCAAUGUCUAACAUGUUCUCUGAAAUACUGUGUUCUGUGGGAUAUUUUUCAUUUUUUUUUUUUUUGUGUGGAGGUUUUGAUUGUUUGACAGGCGCACAAACUGAAGUACCUGGUCUUUAAUGUUAACAUUCGGAAUGGUCAGAGUUCUUGUAAAAGCGUGUAUUGCUGAUCUUUAGUCCUUCUUAGUUGUUCUCAAGCCUCCAGCUUCUGCUGCAGAAUGUCACUUGCAAUAUACUUCUGCGUUGUCCAAAGCAAAGCUUCUGGUUGAAAAAUAAUUAUUCUGAAUAAAUUCUGAAGUUAC